AUGGCCGAAAAGGUUGACUCCGUCAACAUCUCACCUCACCAUAAGGAAGUCGAGACCAAGGUGGUCACCGGCUCCGAGGCCUUCAACGAGGCCAUGAUCAAGGAGCCGCCCAGUGCCUGGACCAAAGCUCAGAUUCUGAUCUACGCCUUCUCUCUCGUUGGUUUCUUCUGUUCCACCAUGAACGGAUACGACGGUUCUCUCAUCAACAACUUGCUGCAAAACCCCUCCUUUAAGGAGCGCUACGGAGCCGAGAACGACGGUAUCUGGGCCGGUAUUAUCUCUUCCAUCUACCAGAUCGGUGGUGUCGUCGCUCUUCCCUUCGUUGGUCCGGCCCUUGACACUUGGGGUCGCCGCAUCGGUAUGCUCAUCGGAGCCAGCAUCAUCAUCAUCGGAACAGUUAUCCAGGCCACCGCCAACGGCACCGGGCAAUUCAUGGGCGGCCGUUUCCUCCUCGGUUUCGGUGUUUCCAUCGCUGCUUCUGCCGGUCCCAUGUACGUCGUCGAAAUCAACCACCCCGCUUUCCGCGGUGUCGUCGGUGCCAUGUACAACACCCUUUGGUUCUCUGGUGCCAUUGUUGCCUCCGGCACUGCACGAGGUGCACUUGAAAUUCACGGGGACUCAAGUUGGAGAUUAAUUACUUGGCUUCAGUGUUUGUUCUCGGGUUUAAUCGUUCUCUUCUGCAUGUGGCUCCCCGAGUCUCCUCGAUGGCUGUUCGUCAACAACAAGAAGGACAAAGCUCUUGCUGUGCUCACCAAGUACCACGGCAACGGCAACCCCGACUCUCCUUGGGUUAAGCUGCAACUCCACGAGUAUGAGGAGCUCCUCGACAUGGAUGGUGCCGACAAGCGCUGGUGGGAUUACCGUGCUCUCUUCCGCAACCGCGCCUCCGUCUACCGCCUCUGCUGCAACAUGUGCGUUUCCAUCUUUGGUCAAUGGGCUGGAAACGCUGUGCUAUCUUACUUCCUCGGUUCCGUCCUCGACACCGCUGGCUACACGCACCCCAUCCAGCAGGCCAACAUCACCCUCAUCAACUCAUGCCAACAAUUUGCCUGCGCCAUCUUCGGUGCUCUCUUUGUCGACAAGGUCGGACGUCGCCCGCUCCUUCUCUUCUCUUUCUCCGCCUGCACUGUCGUCUGGCUCGGCAUGACCAUUGCUUCCGGCAUUCUUCACCAAUCUGAGACCAUCAACGCUGACGGCGACCCCGAGUUCCACAACGCGGCUGCAUCGCAAGCCUGCUUGGCCAUGAUCUUCCUCUUCGGUUCCGUCUACUCCGUCGGUAUCACUCCCCUCCAGGCUCUUUACCCCGUCGAGGUUCUUUCCUUCGAGAUGCGUGCCAAGGGUAUGGCCUUCUCCAACUUGGCUGUCAACGCCGCCGGUCUCCUCAACCAGUUCGCCUGGCCCGUUUCCAUGCAGAAGAUCGCCUGGAAGACCUACAUUAUCUUCACAAUUUGGGAUUUUGUUCAAACCGCCGUGAUCUUUCUUUACAUUCCCGAGACCAAGGGCCGCACUCUUGAGGAACUCGACCACAUCUUCGCCGCCAAGAACCCCGUCAAGGAGUCUACCCAGAAGAAGGAGGUUGCCGUCGACCGCUACGGCGACGUCGUCAACGUCCAGAACGUCUAA